AUGAUUGAUUCAAAAAUUCUGCAGUUCUUGGCGUUGGCCGCAUUCCUGCUACACUGUAGUGAGGCAUAUUAUCCUGAUGGUCAGCAGCAUUACGGCAGUCACUAUGGCGGCUACAAUAAUCAAAAUGGCAAUUUCAACCGAUACAACAAUAAUAACAACAACAUACAGAGCAACAGCAACAACAACAACCACAUUCACAAUAACAGCAAUGACAGACACAAUGCACCUCAAACCAGCAAUAAUCCGUUGUUGGCAAUAAAUUUGCCAAAAAUCUUCUUGGGUGACUUUGAGUAUGUGCCCACGCGUGAUGGCUACCGCUUCUCUUACCAGCUGAUCGAUGGUACACGACGCACUGAGGUCGGCUACAUUCCAAACUCUGGCGGCAGCAGCAUCUACAAGUCUGAUGAGCGUGCAACAGCAGAGCGUACGGCCCUGCGCAUGCGUGCCAGAGGCAAUGCGAAAAAUCGUAAAUUAUCACCGAAAUCGUUGCAAUCGCUGGCUGGUUAAAUGUGGAAG